AUGGGGCAGAUAGUGUGGUGCAGGAAAGCCAAAGAGCAGUUCCAAAUAGCAGCAGAGACAGAGCUGAUAGCGUGGGGGAAGGGGGACCAUGAGGAGGAGUUCUCCCCCAGCGGAUCCGGGGCAAAUACCAGAGUUCUCAAGCCCCUGAGGCUGUUCGCUAGGGGGGUCCCUGGAGCCCCCGGGGCUGUCGGGACUCCCAGCCUUAAACGCAACCCCAUCAGGGACAUGACAUACCUAGAGAGCAUGGAGGACUUCUGGGAUUGGUUAUCCAACCAGACAGAUGUUCAGGCCAGCCAGGCCAGAACCAAGCGACGACCCAUCAUCAAAACAGGCAAGUUUAAGAAGAUGUUUGGCUGGGGAGACUUCCAUUCCAACAUUAAGACUGUCAAACUCAACCUGCUGAUCACCGGGAAGAUCGUGGACCACGGUAAUGGAACGUUCAGCGUUUACUUCCGCCACAACUCCACUGGCCUGGGGAACGUGUCGGUGAGUCUGGUGCCGCCGUCUAAAGUGGUGGAUUUUGAGAUAUCUCAGCAUUCCACACUGGAGACCAAAGACUCUAAAGCUUUCAACUGUCGUAUAGAGUAUGAAAAGACGGACCGCAACAAGAAGACGGCUCUGUGCAGCUUCGACUCCUCCAAGGUGUGUUACCAGGAACAGACACAGAGCCACGUCUCCUGGCUCUGCUCUAAGCCCUUUAAAGUCAUCUGCAUCUACAUCGCCUUCUACAGUGUGGACUACAAACUGGCGCAGAAGGUCUGCCCGGACUACAACUACCAUAGUGACACUCCCUACUCUUCCACUGGCUGAAGGUCUGCCGGACUACAACUACCAUAAUGACCCUCCCUACUCGUCCCCUGGCUGAAGGUCUGCCGGACUACAACUACCAUAGUGACACUCCCUACUCUUCCACUGGCUGAAGGUCUGCCGGACUACAACUACCAUAAUGACACUCCUUACUCCUCUACUGGCUGAAGGUCUGCGAGACUACAACUACCAUAAUGACACUCCCUACUCCUCCACUGGCUGAAGGUCUGCCGGGCUACAACUACCAUAAUGACACUCCCUACUCCUCCCCUGGCUGAAGGUCUGCCGGGCUACAACUACCAUAAUGACACUCCCUACUCCUCCCCUGGCUGAAGGUCUGCCGGACUACAACUACCAUAGUGACACUCCCUACUCUUCCACUGGCUGAAGGUCUGCCGGACUACAACUACCAUAAUGACACUCCCUACUCCUCCACUGGCUGAAGUCUGCCGGACUACAACUACCAUAAUGACACUCCCUACUCCUCCACUGGCUGAAGGUCUGCCGGACUACAACUACCAUAAUGACACUCCCUACUCCUCCACUGGCUGAAGGUCUGCCGGACUACAACUACCAUAGUGACACUCCCUACUCCUCCACUGGCUGAAGGUCUGCCGGACUACAACUACCAUAAUGACACUCACUACUCCUCCACUGGCUGAAGGUCUGCCGGACUACAACUACCAUAAUGACACUCCCUACUCCUCCACUGGCUGAAGGUCUGCCGGACUACAACUACCAUAAUGACACUCACUACUCCUCCACUGGCUGAAGGUCUGCCGGACUACAACUACCAUAAUGACACUCCCUACUCCUCCACUGGCUGAAGGUCUGCCGGACUACAACUACCAUAAUGACACUCCCUACUCCUUCUCUGGCUGAAGGUCUGCCGGACUACAACUACCAUAGUGACACUCCCUACUCCUCCACUGGCUGAAGGUCUGCCGGACUACAACUACCAUAAUGACACUCACUACUCCUCCACUGGCUGAAGGUCUGCCGGACUACAACUACCAUAAUGACACUCCCUACUCCUCCACUGGCUGAAGGUCUGCCGGACUACAACUACCAUAAUGACACUCACUACUCCUCCACUGGCUGAAGGUCUGCCGGACUACAACUACCAUAAUGACACUCCCUACUCCUCCACUGGCUGAAGGUCUGCCGGACUACAACUACCAUAAUGACACUCCCUACUCCUCCACUGGCUGAUCCCGUCUGUAGCAUGUACCUGGAUCUCCCUUAGAGUUAGUUUGACCAAGUAUUACCAACCCCCCAAGCUUCUGUUCCGGUUGACCGUUGGGGCCGACCGUUCUGUUAGUUUGACCACAAUAUGGCCUACCAUUCUCUUAGUUUUAAUACAAUAUGACCAACCCUGGCCGAACGUUCUGUUAGUUUGACCACAAUAUGACCAACCCUGGCCGACCGUUCUGUUAGUUUAUCCACAAUAUGACCAACCCUGGCCGACCGUUCUGUUAGUUUGACCACAAUAUGACCAACCCUAUCCGACCGUUCUGUUAGUUUAUCCACAAUAUGACCAACCCUAACCGUUCU